AUGCUGCAUCCUCGGAACACUCUGAGACGCUUUGAAGAUUGUUGUUCCUCCAUAAAGAAUAUUCAAUUCAUGUCGAGGAGUCAUUCUAUUCGGAGAGGAGUAAUCAUGAUCAUGGGCUCUAAAAGUAAUAUGACUUUCAAUUCCUCCUUCUCACCACUGGUGUUGCACAACAGAAAUUUCUCUCAUUCAAGCAGUAGAGUGUUGAAAGAGCAAACAAAUGAUGAUUCCGAACAACGACUUCAAGAUUAUCAACAAGAUCGAAAGAUGGCGCAAGAAAAGAUGCAAAAUAUUAAAAAAGAGUUGACUGAUUUUUUAAAGGUGAAAUUUAAUACUGACAAGAAGCAAGAAAAACAAGCGGAGAGAAUCAAGUUGGCUCAAAAUUUGGGAAAUAUUAUGAUUAUUAUUGGGUUUAUUGUUGGACUGGUACUUUAUGUGGGAGAAAAUGAAAAGAAAAAACGAAGUGAUUAUAUUGUGGAAGAAUCUCAUAAUACAAAUGCUGCUGAAGAUAGUCUGACACAGGCUCAGGGUGGUAACAUUAAUGCUCAACAAUUUCUUUCAGCAAUCUCUAGUAAGGUCAACAAGGUGAGGGAAGAAAAUCAGAAAAAGUGA